GUUGUGUAGAUCUACAGUAAGCUCCCUUUUCCUGUCGCGAAGCGCCCGGUGAGGUUGCUGCACACGUUUUCUGUGGCCCUAUUUCAGCAAACCUGGAUUUUAUAACCUUUCAACGAGAACAAACACACGAUAACAACAUUUCCAGAACGACAUAAAUUGACAGCUCCCUUCAGCGAUGUCUCGUUUCUUCGCCACCGGGUCUGACAGCGAGUCGGAGGAGUCGUCAUCCGCCGAUGAGAUCACCCCUAAAGCGCCCGGGACGACCUUCAAGCAGUCACUGCUUCUUAGUGACGAUGAGGAGGAUACUAAAAGAGUGGUGCGUAGCGCCAAAGACAAAAGGUUUGAAGAGUUGACGAACUUCAUAAAGACGAUCCGCAACGCCAUGAAGAUCCGUGACAUGUCCAAGUGUCUGGAGGAGUUCGAGCAGCUGUGUCGGGCCUUCCUGAAAAGCAAGAACAUAGUGGACAAAGAAGGAGUUCCUCAGUUCUACAUCCGCCUGCUGGCCGACCUGGAGGACUACCUCAACCAGCUCUGGGAGGACAAAGAGGGCAAGAAGAAGAUGAACAAGAACAACGCGAAGGCCCUGAGCACCCUGCGCCAGAAGAUCCGCAAAUACAACCGAGACUUUGAAACUGAAAUUGCUGCUUACAAGGAGAACCCACAAGAGUCUGCAGAUGAGGAGGAGGAGAAGGAGCAGGAGGAUUCUGGCUCCUCGUCUGAGAGCGACGACGACGACGAUGAUGUGGGGGAGGAAGUGUCGGCAAAAUCCUUCCUGAAGAAAAAACCUGAAGGCCCCUCAGAGGCGAGCAAAUUCCUCAAGUCUGCCAAGGGCUCUGGGGACGAGUCGACUUCUAGUGAUGAAGACGACGAUGAUGAAGACUGGGGUGGCGACACCGAGGAGAGCGGCAGCGAGAGCUCGGAUGACGAGGAAGGGAAGAGCAAAUCUCUGGCCACUGUUUUCCUCAAGAAGGUGGCCGACAAAACCAGCAUCAAGAAGGGCGAGAAGAAGAAGAAGCAGAAGAAAGAGCGAGGUGGGGAUCUGCAGGAGGGCGAAGGAGAUGAAGAAGGCUGGGAGAAGGUUAAAGGAGGCGUCCCUCUGGUUAAGGAGAAACCAAAGAUGUUUGCCAAAGGCACAGAGAUCAACGUUCCUGUGGUGGUGAAGAAACUCAAUGAGAUCCUGCAAGCAAGAGGCAAAAAGGGAACAGACAGGGCUGCUCAGAUCGAGCUGCUCCACGCUCUGGCAGUCAUCGCUGCUGAGAAUAAUCUGGGCCAAGGCAUCCUGGUCAAGAUCAAGUUCAACAUCAUCGCCUCUCUGUACGAUUACAACCCCAACCUGGCAGCCUUCAUGAAGGCCGACAUGUGGAAGAAAUGCCUGGAUUGCAUCGACGAGCUGCUGGACAUCCUGUUUGAACACAACGACAUCUUCAUCGGGGAAAACAUCGCAGAGGACAGCGAGAAUCUGAUCAUCUCCGAUCAGCCUUUCAGGGUGCGCGGGUGUGUCCUGACGCUGGUGGAGAGGAUGGACGAAGAGUUCACCAAGAUCAUGCAGAACACCGACCCUCAUUCACAAGAGUACGUGGACAACCUGAAAGAUGAAGGUCGGGUUUGCGGCAUCAUCGAUCGGCUGCUCUCCUACUUGGAGAACAAAGGAUCCACAGAGGAGAUCUGCCGCGUCUACCUGCGGAGAAUCAUGCACACCUACUACAAGUUCGACUACAAAGCCCACCGCCGCAGCCUCGGCCUGCAGGGAGAAACCAAGGUGAGGCAAG